UCCUCAUCCUCACUUGACGCGCAGCUCCUGCGGGACUGAGGCUCUCCCUCUCCUCCGCCUGCAGGCUCUGUGGAAGUUUCCGCGGCAGAGAUGAACCACACCGGCUUCAACCAGACAGAAGGAGGACUCUUCAACAAAACCGAGGAGUUCUUCUGCUGCAACUUCUCCUCGGUGGUGACGGAUGACGGCUUCGUGGCGGCCGCUCCGGAUGAGAGGAGCCUCUUCAUCAUGCGGGUGGUCCAGAUUGCCGUCAUGUGCGUCCUGUCCCUCACCGUGGUGUUUGGCAUCUUCUUCCUGGGCUGCAACCUCCUCAUAAAGUCCGAGGGGAUGAUCAACUUUCUGGUGACGGACAGGAGACCGUCGAAGGAGACGGAGGCGGUCAUUGUUGGAGCCUACUGAUGGAUGGAGGAUGCUCCGAGUGGAUCAAACAGCCAAAUUAAAAUAAAAACUAUUUCCCUGAGCUGUGGCCUUUUUAAACACUUGGGCAGCAGUUUGUGGUAAAGAUUGUGGAUCUGCUGCUUUAAAAAAAACGCAAUGGAGACGGAGAUGUGCUGCAUGUUUUGUCAAACAGACAAUAUUCUGGAUGAG